AUUUAAAUGUAAACAAUGCAUUUAUUUGUUUAACACGUUUAAGACCAUAGUCUUAAACGUGUAAAAUAAAAUCCCAAGCAUCACCUGGCAAAGGCUGCAGCCAAGAUGGAAUUACAAUGAAGACAAUUUCGAUACAUAACAAAGUGAUUUGGUAUUGUUGUGAAGUAAAUCAUAGUACAAUUUUAUACACAAUACAGCAGUGGUUCUCAAACGUUUUGAUACCAAGUACCACCUAAAAAUACCUCACCAAGGACCAGCAUCAUGAGCAACAUUAAAAAAAAGUAGUAAUCGGAGUGUGUUAAUCAAAAACGAGACAGAAAAGUAUAAUAAUAUUGCAAGUCACUGUAAUACCAUGAACAGUUUGAUCAUUAACAUAGAAUACAAUGUAAUGAGUAAAUAUUUUGAGAAAAGAAGACUACAUGGCUAACAUGGUGCUGCUUACGCGCUAAGUGCAACCUGACACAAUUCCUAGUAUUGUACUCAAAUGUCGAAAUGUGUUGUGUAUUCACUGGUGAAACAAUUACCAAGGUUAUUACUCAAGACGUACUCGAAGGUUUACCUGAAGAAGGAAAACAAGUGAAGAAGGGCUCUUGUUUUUCUACCCAGAGCAAUAAACGGAAAUUAAGCUAAUUUCGCUGUUUAAAAGCUAGCUUUUGAAACAACUCUGGUAUUUGAUCUAAUUCAGGCUUUGGCCACAAUUUUAUCAAAUGAAAAUGGGUGAAAAGGACACCAUAAUGUUUCAGGACAGAGAGAGAAAGUGACCAGAAAACGUUCAUGUUGAAAAAUAGUAUAUAGUACAUAUUUACAACAACUGCUUUUUAUUGGGUAUAGUUUGAUGAUUGAGUAGCGAUCAAAGUAGCGUAUCUCAAACUAGGCUUUCCAGAUAUGACUUGGCAAAUGGGGGGGGGAAAAAAAAGAAGAAAAGUGAACAAUCUGCACUGAGUAACAGAGGUCAUAUCACUCUUUUUCUAUUGGUCCAACAUACUACGAGGGCGUCUAGCAAAGCAUCACUGGCAUUUUACAAUCUGUUACAAGGCUACGACGUCCUCGGAAAGAACUACAACUGGAUCCAAGCAACGCCGCUCAGGUACACUUACAUGUUAGUCACAAUUCAUGCUGAUGUCACACUAUUCUGGACAAUGAAAUCAUUGCAUGUUUGAUGUUUCUCACUUGAGUUUAGCUAAAAACACUAUCUGGUCAUUUCUGCUGAAAUUCAUUCUCUACCAUUAAAUGUCGUUCAAAGCAAUUCAAGUUAAACCAAACGCUGCAAUGGAUUGUCAUAACGGAUUUAGUAGUUCACAUAUUGGGAGUUUUUGUUUUGUGUUUUGAUUGUAAGCCCGUGAAACAUUCAACCUACUGUCACGCAGCGUCAUAUUUAUUUAGUUAAGGGGAAAUAAUUAAAAGCUCUCGACAGUGCCUUUGGUACUGCAAAGCAUACAGUCAAUGAAUAAACCAUCGGGUUAAAAUGGUUCAUGGGGAAUUUAAAAAAACGAUUAUGUUGGGCUCUGAGAGGGAUUCCUUCGUAUAAAUCGCAAACUACAAUCAUGACCUUGUUGAGGUAGAAUUACGAUACAACUUUAAUGUUUUGGAUCUGGUUAUACAUGCUCGGCUCUGAUUUGUCAACCAAGACCAAGGUUCAAAACCCCGGCCGAGGGAACCACUCCUCAGAUAUCCGUGGCAAGGGUGGGAUAGCGCUUGUAGUUUGAAGGGCUCUUGGGACAGGUGAUCCCAAUAGCAGUAGAAUCUAGAAAUUGGUGAGGUCCUAUAGAAUGACUGGAGCGUGGCAUCUGUGUCAAAGCAAAAACGUGUUUCGUACGGUUUGGCCACUUGGAUUUUUUUUUUUUUUAGUGCCUUGGAGGUUGGACCAAUUUUUCAAUCUACUAGUUCUGUGUUCCAAUUCGAGUUGAGUGUACUCGUCUUAAGAUGGAGACGACAAUGGCAGUGGGUGAGGGACCUUUGGAACAAACUAUAGAUACGGGUGAAGCACUUACGGUGAUUGGAGUGAAUAAUGGGACGUGUGUGAGACAUUUACCCCCCCCUCCCGAAGGGGGAAGUAGGACAACACAGCUCACCGUUUCAUAAUCUGGGUUCCCUUACUCUUUGGUGGCAUGGUCAAUUACCGGCGUUUUUUUUUUUUCUUCAACUCCUAAAGUCCAUUACAUGAUGAUUCCAUUCUUAAGAACAGGUCCAAAUGGAGCCAACCAAUAGUCCAGAAGUAAAUCCACUGAAAAGUGACCACGAUCCAAAUGAUCUUCUGUUGAUCAAGAGAGGCAAGUGGGCCAACAAGAGAGAGUUUAUUCUAGCAGUGGUUGGAGAAAUUAUCGGUCUGGGGAACGUCUGGAGAUUUCCCUAUCUCUGCUUCAAGAAUGGAGGCGGAGCCUUCCUGGUCCCAUACCUGGUGUUCCUGGUGACGUGUGGUAUCCCCACCUUCUUCAUCGAGUUGUCUUUGGGACAGUUAACCGGUCAAGGUGGAAUCACGUGCUGGAGGAAAAUUUGCCCUUUACUUGAAGGUAUUGGGUAUGGCAGUUUAAUGAUCAUGCUGCUCACGGUGAUGUAUUACGUUGUCAUCCUGGCAUGGGGCUUCUUCUACUUCUUUUCGUCCUUCCAUUCUGAACUCCCCUGGGCUAGCUGCAACAAUACUUGGAACACAGGGGACUGUGUUGAUUAUCGUAACAGCCUUUCAAAAAAUAACACCUCUGCGAAUGCAACGUCUUCUGUCGAAGAAUUCUGGCAGAGAAGGGUCCUGAAUUUGUCUGGAGGGAUUGAAGAAAUGGGAAGUAUUCGCUGGGACCUGGCUGGGUGUCUUGUGCUCAGCUGGAUUUUGUGUUACUUCUGCGUCUGGAAGGGUGUUAAGUCUUCAGGAAAGGUUGUCUAUGUGACGGCCACAUUUCCCUAUGUGAUGAUGAUUGCUUUGCUGGUCCGUGGACUGACCUUGCCUGGGGCCAUGGAUGGAAUUAGAUUUUACAUCUCUCCCGAUCCCACACGUCUGUCUGAGCCGCAAGUGUGGAUGGAUGCAGCCAGCCAGAUAUUAUACUCCUACGCUGUCUGCACGGGCUGUUUGGCGUCUUUGGGAAGUUACAACAAAUACAGUAACAACUGCUACAAAGACACGUUUGUCCUGUGCUUACUAAACAGUUCAACCAGCCUUGUUGCUGGCUUUGCCAUAUUCUCAGUACUUGGUUUUAUGUCUUAUGAGCUGGGGAUUGACAUCUCGGAAGUAGCUGAGUCAGGUCCGGGCCUGGCAUUCAUUGCUUACCCUCGGGCAGUGGCCAUGAUGCCUUUACCACAACUCUGGGCUGCCUUUUUUUUCAUCAUGAUUAUCUUCCUGGGACUGGACAGUCAGUUUGUGUAUCUUGAAGGUUUGGUCACAUCUAUAUCAGAUUUGUACCCGUCCAUCUUUUUCACUGGACACCGACGUAAAAUACUGCUGCUGGUUCUGUGUGGUAUUUGCUUAUGCGUCGGCCUAUGUAUGGUCACUGAGGGAGGACUGUAUGUGUUUCAGCUUUUCGACUAUUAUGCCUGCAGCGGCAUCCCCUUGAUCGCUAUUGCCCUUCUGGAAUCACUUUGCAUAGGAUGGAUAUACGGCGCUGACAAUUAUUACAAUCGAAUCGAGGAUAUGAUUGGCUAUCGACCGUCACUUUACAUGAAAUAUUGUUGGAAGUUUGUUACUCCUUUUAUGUCCACUGGUGUAUUAAUUUUCUUUCUUGUCCAAUUCACCCCUCUGAAAUACAAUAACACGUACGAGUACCCCUGGUGGGGAUACACUCUGGGACUACUACUUGCAUUCUCUUCAAUUAUCUCGGUUCCUCUGUGGAUUCUCUACAGUGUCGCAAAAACACCAGGAUCAAUCCCUCAGAGAAUAGUUGUGUUGACGACGCCAACAGACAGGUCACUCCGCGAGUCAGUGGAGUCUGAAAAAUGUGGCUUUAUCAAGUCAAAAGUACGCCUUGAAAAGAAGUAAAGACCAAACAGGCGUGGACAACAAAGACACAUGUAACAUAAUAGUAUGUACAUAAGGAUAAUGUUGUCAUUCUCUUCGGUAGAUUAAAUGAUACAUCUUGUGUAAGUAAAUAUGUGAACAAAGGCAAGAGAUUUUUAUUUUUCGCCACAGUCCUUUUGAAAAAAAAAAAUUCAAACAACCUAAAAUGUACUAACUUUUCAGUAAACAUUGAAGUCAGGCGGUGCAUGUGAUGAAACAUAAUUUAUGGUCCUAUCGUGAAUGAUUAUCUCCCCUAUUGUAAGAUUAAAUAUGUUUCAGAAAUCUAUUU